GGCUGCAUGCACCCCCGGGUGCGCCAGUGCGCACACAGAUGGGCUUGUGCAGUCUGCUGUUUCUGGGGGAGACAUGAGCACCGCAGGAGCCGGUCCUGGCCUCAGCCUGGACAGCGGUAGGCUGUGGCACUGGAGAGCCAUGCAAAGGAGCAGAGCUCUUGUCCGAACCUACCUCAAGUCCAACUCUGUGCUCGUACUGCCUCAGCCCAAUGGAACACGACAAAGGGACAGUGUCCGACUGCCUUCCCUAGCUACCUUUAAAGCCUCGCACAGGCAGACAACCACGACUCCACUCAGCAUUAGCGAGCCCUCCCUCUUCACCCCGGGAGAACGAGCCGUGUUCGAUGGUUUUUCCCCUAACCGCCGCCCUCUGCGGAAACGACCACUGCCUCUCUGCAAGUCCUGUGACACAAUAGUAGGAAAGAACCUGAACCAGAGCAACAGACCAGUGUACAGCCACUUCUCCUACCCCAUCAGACCCAACCCAAAGCUGGGGAAGCCCAGAUCACAAAGUCUGACCCUGGCCAAGGAGCAAGGCGAGCUCCGUCCUCCUGUGAUGCAGCACUGCCAUUCGUCACACUGGGAGGGUCUAACAGUGAGAGGAAAGCCCUGCCUGAGCCUCCCCAGCCAAUCUUCGCCUCCCGCCGCUUCUAUGCCAGCACGCACACAGCUUCACAUAUUCUUGCCCACGGAAGGAGUUGGAGGGAGGGAGGAGGGGGACAGUGAAUCUGUGGAUGAAGGGUUUAUGGACGAGCUGGAUAGUAAGAUCACUUCCCUAAAACUCCAGCAGGGGAAGGCCAAGAUUCACACACACCCUGAUAAGGUCCCUGGAAAAAUAAAGUGACUUUCCUCAACCCACUGAGCAAGUUGACUGGGUUUCACGUUUUACGAACAACAGGUCUUAAAUGAUGACUGCUCAGUUAUCUGUAGGUUUAAAAGGCUCCAAAGUAUUGUGAUGGGAACACUAGUCCUUUUUUUGUGAAAUGUGUCAGCUCAGAAUAGAGGGAUUCUAAAAAUGCAUGAAGCCCUCCACUGGUAUUUUGUCACAGAAGAAUAAAUAAAUCCAACAACUUCUAUGUUUUUUAUGUGCAGUACCUGUAAAUACUUGUUAGUUAUGCAUAUUCCUUCAAUGAAUCUAUUCUAUAAGAAUAUUAAAAGGUACAAUAUGUAAGGUUUCCUGUUGUUCAAUAGCAGUUUCAAUAAAUUAUAUAUGCAGUUGUUCUUGGGGAAUAUUACAGUGCCUAUAGAAAGUCUACACUCCCAUUGAACUUGCUUUUACAUUUUGCUGCAUU